UACAAAACGUAAUUGGCAAUGGGUAAUUAAUUAUUGUUGGUGUUUGAAUUAACGAAUAUAUAAGAAGGUGUGGGCUGUUUCUUACUUUCUUUGCUCGAUUAUUGACUUGUUUAAAGAUUUGAAAGUUUGUUUUAUUAGAGUGGGAUCAGUUAGUAGGAAAAGAGAGGGAAUAUUAUAUGUUUGGUGGGGACUGCGUACGAAAAUUUGAAAUUUUUGGAGGGCUUUCCCCUCAAGAUGGCUGCGGGUGGACCGAGACCUUGCUCACCUCUUACGCAAUUAUGGGCCUCCAAAGUUAGUGGAUCAUGCAUUGUCGGCCUUUGAAUCUGUUUACCGCCAUAUGAUUUGGGCCCUAAUCCGCGGGCCCAAUUAUUCUCCUUCGCGCUCCUUUCGUUCUACUCCUGCUUUUCCGUUUCAUUCCGGAAUAGAGAAUAUCCAAUCACUGUCCAAAUCUCCAUCGGCAUUCCUUCGCGUUUCCCCGGGAUCGCCCAUUGCCAUAGUCGGUGCGGCAUCUUGCUUCGUUCAUUACUAAUAGUCGGCUGCGCUACCGGACCGAAUUUCAGCCGGCGGGGGACGGAAAGAGGAAGCAGAAGAAGACAGAGAUGUCGGUGAUGAUGGUGACGAGCUUAGGGGAUUUAGUGGUCGACUUGUUCACCAACGAGUGCCCUCUCACUUGCAAGAACUUCUUGAAGCUCUGCAAGAUGAAGUAUUUCAAUGGGUGCCUGUUCCACACGGUUCAGAAGGAUUUUACUGCGCAGACUGGUGAUCCUACUGGUACAGGUGCUGGUGGUGACUCAGUCUACAAAUUUCUUUACGGAGACCAAGCCCGCUUCUUCAACGAUGAAAUUCAUCCUAAUCUAAAACAUACAAAGAUGGGAACUUUUGCAAUGGCUAGCGCUGGAGAAAAUAUGAAUGCUUCACAGUUCUACAUCACGUUGCGUGACGACCUGGACUAUCUGGAUGGGAAGCUUACUGUUUUUGGAGAGGUAGCAGAAGGACUGGAAACUACUUUGACUAGAAUCAACGAAGCUUAUGUAGAUGAAAAGAACAGGCCAUAUAAAGAUAUAAGGAUAAAGCACACAUAUAUACUGGAGGAUCCUUUUGAAGAUCCCAAUGAGUUACCUGGGUUGAUCCCUGAUGCUUCCCCAGAAGGAAAGCCAAAGGAAGAGGCUCUUGACGUGGUUCGGCUUGAAGAUGAUUGGGUUCCCUUGGAUGAGAAAUUACGUCCAGAAGAACUUGAAGAGAUUAUUAGAGAAAAGGAUGCACAUUCUAGGGCUGUUGUGCUCGAGAGUAUUGGGGAUAUCCCUGAUGCUGAUGUGAAGCCUCCUGAGAAUGUAUUGUUUGUGUGCAAACUAAAUCCUGUCACUGAAGAUGAGGACUUGCAUACAAUUUUUUCACGUUUUGGGAAUGUGGUAUCGGCUGAUAUAAUUCGAGAGUUCAAAACUGGAAACAGCUUGUGCUAUGCAUUUGUAGAUUUUGAGACCAGAGAAGCAUGUGAACGAGCAUAUUUUAAGAUGGAUAACGCUUUGAUAGAUGACAGAAGGAUAAAAGUUGAUUUCAGCCAGAGUGUUGCAAGACUAUGGGGUCAGUAUAGGCGCAGAGGCAAAGAUUCAGGUGGAGGUUGCUUCAAGUGUGGUGCUGUCGAUCAUCUUGCAAGGGACUGUACUGAAGGUCCUGGUUCUAAAAGUCGGGGUCCAAAGUACAUCCUGAAGGAUGAUAACACACAGCGUGGUAGUGAUAAUUCAAGGUAUGCCAUGGUGUUUGAUGGGGAAGCUCCUGGAAGCCCAAUAGAAGAAGAGAGUCGCAGAAGCCUGGGGGAACCAGAUGAGCAACUUGACAAGGAAAGGAGGAGGCAUAGAAAAACCUCAGAUGGUCGAGACGAAGAGAAGGAUUCAUCAAAGAGUAGGAUACGUCAGAGUGACAGAAGGCGGGUCGAUGAAGAUGAUAGUGAUAGACGACGUGACAGCAAAGCAACUCGGUAUCAACAUGACAGCAGAAUCAAAAACCACGAUGGUGAUAAGGGAGAUGGUAAAAAGACAAGCAUUGAUCAUCACGGUCGUGGAGAAAGAAUAGACAGCGACAGAGACAAAGAUCAUUACCAGAGGAGGAGUGGGGAAGGCGAUUACUGGAGAAGAAGCGACGAUGGCGAGGAUAGAAUUCGCCGGAAAGAGUUGGAUGAUGACAGUAAAGAGCGUAAACGAAGACACGGAGAGAGUGACCGGCGAGAAACGAGGGACAGAGAAGAACGAGAUGAGGGUAGAGAACAUAAGAGAAAAGACCCCGAUGGUGACCACAGGCGAGAAACUAGGGACAGAGAACGAGAAUUUAGGCACAAGAGUGACAAAAGGAGAUGAACCAUCAGACGUUUUAUCUUUGGCUUUCUUCGGGGUUUUAAGCCUGCACUAUAUUGUGAUAUGUUGUUUAUAGCCUCAACACAUCAAUGGUGUUUCGAAAGGAUGCCAUCUAUUGAUGGUUCCCCGGUUCCAUGAUACUAGACAGGAAAGAGUAUGAGAGUGUUUUCUUUGCAUUAUUUCAUCUGCUUUAAUUAUACAGGAGACUACAGCUGUGACCAAACUAUCAGCCUAUUUCUCUGAUCGUGCGGUGACAUUGCCGGGGCAGAUUCUUUCGCCAAAAUGUACACAUUUUAAGGGGUUGUUUGGAUGGAAAACUUGGUAGUGAAAUGUGGUCUGGAAAUGUCGCCCCUUUUCACUUCUGCAAACGACCACUAUGUAUGAACAAGAUGAUGAACACAGCCUAUAAGAACAUGUUAUUUACAGCCUUGCUUGCAAUCUUUGCUACCUAUAAAACGAACCUACUCUG